GACCGUGUCAUGGUCCACGGACCAUGGCAGGGGACCAUGACAGACCGGACAAAGGGGAGUGAGUGGUCCCAGGACCGUGUGUGUUUACCAGUGACGUGGACAAUACUGUUAUCAACUUUGAUGUUAUUGAAACCUGCAGUAAUAUUACUACCAAUAAAUGAUGAAGGUUGCCAAGUGUCCCCAUGAAGAACUUUCAUACACCAACUGUAUCAUUGUUAAUGAGAACGACUUCCCUCUUAAUGUCAAGUAUGUAUUAAUUAUUGUGGAUUAUAGCAAGAAGUACAUCUAUACAGUCAAACAUGAUCGCUCCAUUAAGCCUGGAUACAUUGGGUUUAAUGCCAUUCACAGGAAGCAGGCGGUGCUGUCCUUGGACCAGGAGAUUGCUGCAGAACCAUUUAUGUACAAUCCACAAACACAACUCAUUGCUACCCUAGUCCUUGAAGCAGACUUCUUACAGAAGAAGAAUACUUCCAGAGAUUCCUACAACACUGACCAGAUGGUAAUGGCAUUCAUGGAACAGUUUGCCAAACAUUGCUACACAGUUGGUCAGCCAAUAGCAUUUAGGUUUCAGGACAAGAAACCUCUUUCACUAAUUGUCAAGGAAAUUGAAGGUGAGAAAACUAUAAUUUAGGAUUAGGUAGGAAUG